AUGGGAAGCUCAACCGAAUCCACGGAGGAGGGACUCAUAUCGGAUGCCAUAUUUUUCGACAUCUCAAAAGCCUUUGAUCUGGUCCCACACCUCCCGCUGCUUCAAAAACGCGAAUCUUACGAAAUUCAAGGGGAAAUCCUACGCUGGAUCAAGGCGUUCCUAUCAGACAAAUUAUUCCGAGUGAGAAUAGACUCGGGCUACUCUUCUCCAGCGCCGAUCUCCAUUGAGGUUCUUCAAGGCUCCGUUUUGGGAUCACUGCUGUUUCUGGAAUGCGUCAACGACUUUCCCUAUGUUCGUGCGGACGACUCGAAAUCCUGGAGUUCCUAUGCCGGUGCCCUCCAAAUGGAUGUAGACGCUGCCAAGCAGUGGUCGUUGGACUGGCACCUUCCUCUGAACGAUGAAAAAAAUCAAUCCAAAGAGCGAAUAUUGAGAGGUGAACUGAACUGUAAACUGUGUCACUCGUUUGACCUUGGCGCCCUAUACGUCUUCCCUCAGCCGAUGCCGACGAGUGCCUACAAUGAUGAUGGUAUGGCGGAUAACGGACGGCGAAUUAAAGCGAUAAUACUUAUCGGUGGACCUGGGAAAGGUACUCGGUUUCGUCCGCUCUCUUUGGAGCUUCCGAAACCCCUGUUCCCUGUCGGUGGUUUCCCAGUGAUUUAUCACCACAUAGAGGCAUUUUCGAAGAUACCUGGUUUAUUUGAAAUUUUGCUCCUGGGAUUUUACCAACCCUCAGAAUACUUGACACAAGUCAUCGCGAAUGCGCAACGUGAAUUCAAGGUCACAGUUCGAUACCUCCAGGAGUUCACUGCCCUUGGCACAGCUGGUGGAAUUUACCAGUUCCGUGAUCAACUACUCUCUGGUUCACCGGAUUUGCUGUUCGUCAUGAAUGGCGAUAUUUGUUGUGAUCUCCCGCUGGAGGAAAUGCUGGAAUUCCACAAAACUCUAGGUUCAGGAGAUCGUUUUGUUAUCAUGGUGACCGAGGCCACACGUGAACAGUCAAUGAAAUUCGGUUGCAUUGUGGAGAAUCCAGAGACGCAUGAGGUUCUACACUAUGCGGAAAAACCGGCUACAUUUGUUAGCACAACAAUCAAUUGUGGAAUAUAUCUGUUCACACCUGGUAUUUUCAAGUUCAUUCGCAUAGCGUUUUUGGAACACCAGAACCAAGUGAGUUACGAACUGCGCCCACAAUGCAAAGAAAUUAUCCACUUGGAACGUGAGAUUUGUCAGCCACUGGCUGGUACAGGGACUCUUUUCGUGUAUCACACGACUCGAUUUUGGAGUCAGAUCAAGUUUGCUGGUGCUGUCAUCUAUGCAAAUCGCCAUGUCCUGUCGCUGUACGAACGCACACAUCCUCACCGUCUAGCUCGCAUGUCCCUACCCAGCUCAACAGGGUUACAGUUUCUAACUACUGAUAGUUCCCAAUCGAUUACCAUGAAUGGAGACUCCUCAGGCGAAAUCAGAGGACCCAUUAUUAUUGGUCACGUUUUCAUCCACCCAACAGCGCAGGUUGACAAAACUGCCGUACUUGGUCCGAAUGUGAGCGUGGGAGAACGUGCUGUGAUUCGAGGUGGUGUCCGCUUACGUGACUGCAUCGUUCUUCGUGAUGCGGAGAUACGUGAACAUGCGUGCUGUUUGAAUGCCGUGAUCGGAUGGAACACAAUAAUUGGCAAAUGGGCUCGUGUGGAGGGAACACCGAAUGAUCCGAACCCCAACAAACCGUUUACUAAGUUAGAUGUACUACCCGUGUUCAAUGCUAAGGGUCAGUUAAAUCCGUCCAUCACAGUUAUAGGUUCAAAUGUUGAAGUUCCGGCGGAAAUAAUCGUUUUGAAUUGCAUUGUUCUGCCACACAAGGAGCUGGCGCACAGUUCAAAGAAUCAGAUUAUUCUUUAAUUCCUAAAGGCAUGCUUUUUCUCAUAUUUUCACCGUUUCUUUUUUCAGACGGUUUUCUGGUGUUCUUUUCUAUUCAUUUAAUUAUUUGAAAUUGUCAAUUGGCUGCUUUAUACACAUCCCGAUUGACUAAUGGGUGACAGUGCAUAGGCCCGCUGAUCCAUGCGGGCUACCCUGUCUCCCAUCGCCUGAAUAACUUAGCUCUCUCUGUCCAUGUUCCGUUUUGUACGUGAGCCCGUACCUUCCUCUCAAUUCGCGAUUCUGUUUCCCACGUUGGUGACUAUUUCCAUUUAUAGAGACUAAGCGGAAGCUCUGUUCAGCGUUUGCAGUCGCCACCGUGCUAUGUCCUCCACUUCCCGUAGUUCGUACCAUUCUCUCUUAUCACGAUGCGUUGUUUUGCUCUGUUGAUGUUUUCUCUGCAUUGGAACAUCUCUAAAACGAUUUGUAUGAGAGCAAAGUUGAAUCCGUUUCCGACUUUCAAAGUAUUUUGUCUGGCUCUCACAUACUAUUAUGUGUCUUCUCUUCUGUUGCAUUCGCUAUCUGUUAAUUACAUUCUCCAGGCUGGCUGUGGGAAAAGUGAGUUCUUU